UUAGUUUUGUUUACGUGCUGCUGGUGACCACUUCUCUGCCUACUUAGUCUUUCUUUAAUUUAGUUAUUAUUAUUAACACAAAAAUAGAAAAGUUUUCCCUGUCUCGCGUCAUUAUUAUUAUAUAGUAUUUUCCGACACGCGUGUGUCGGAUUUUGUUGGAAGAUUGUGUCACUUGCCAGCCAUCGACAAUGACAUCGAAAUCAGAAUCAGCCGGUGGAGGAGGUGACAGCAAACAAAACGAGCAACAUGACCAGGAGCCAAUGGAUGUUCGCAUCGACAUGCCAUGGGGCUAUGUGGUAGGCAGGUGGUAUGGCAACCGUCAGGUGCGACCCAUCCUGGCGCUACACGGCUGGCUGGACAACCUGGGCACGUGGGACAAGUUGCUACCGCUGUUGCCCAAACAUCUGGGUGUCCUGUGCAUCGACCUGCCUGGCCACGGAUACUCCUCGAAGCUGCCCGAGGGCAUCGCAUACCACUUUGUGGACUACCUGUGCGUGAUCCUGCGCGUGAUGGAGGAGUACGGUUGGCAAAAGGUGUCACUGAUGGCUCACUCGAUGAGCGCCAUGUUGUGCUUCAUAUUUGCCUCCCUCUAUCCACACCGCACCGACCUGCUGGUGAGCAUUGAUAUUGUGAAGACGCGGUAUAGGAAGCCAGCCUCACAGAUCGAUUACCUGCGCACCAACAUCGAGGGCUAUAUGGUGGAGGAUGAGAGAUUCGCGAAUGCUAAGCGACAGGAGCCACCUGCGUAUACCUAUACCGAGCUGGAGCAGGUCCUGCACAAGGGUUCCGACUAUUCCGUGGAGUUGGAAAAUUGUCAUCACAUACUGGAGCGUAAUAUCAGCAGAUCCACCAAGUUCCCGGCCAAGUUCUUCUUUUCACGUGACGGUCGCUGUAAAUACUACACAGAAUUCCAUACGAGUCCACCCUUUGCCGCUGAACUGGCCAGAACUAUCCGGAAUGUUCCCUACUGCGUGAUCAAGGGAUCCGAGUCUAAUUUUAUAGAUGAGCAGAGCGACGAGGUCAUUGGGAUUCUGCGGGAAAACAAUCCACACUUUGAACUGCAUGAGGUGCAGGGAACCCAUCACGUUCACCUGAACAAUGCCGUUGGAGUGGCUGCCAUCAUUAAUCCAUUUAUCAUGCGCCAUAGGCCACCCCAUUUGGAGACCUGGACAGUGGAUGAUGAGCACGAUGAGGCUCUGCCUGAGGUGGUCAAGGAAUUUAAGCUCGCCGUGGAGGACUCAGAGAAUGUGAAGCGAAGGAAGAGAAAAGCAACCUAUAGCUGCUGCCAGCAUCUUUAAGUCUGAGUUAGCAGUGCGAUCAGGAAAAUAAUAUUCGAUUUCAUUUUGCCAAUGUGAUGCUUCAUUAAAGCCCUUUUUUGUACUAAGGGAAACAGUGUGUUAACUGAUGAAUAAAAUGAUAU